GUUGCUAUGCGAGUCCAUCCAUCCGAUCUCUAACCGCUUAGUCCAGGUCAGGGUCGCGGUGGAAAAGGGGUAAGCAGAGCAGCCCAGAGGUCCCUCUUCCAGGCGACUUCCACCAACUCAUACCGGGCGAUCCCUGGCCAGCCUUUGGAUAUAAUCUCUCCAGCGUGUCCUAGGUCUGCCCCUGGGUCUCCUGCCCGGUGGCCGUGCCUGGAACACCUCCAGAGGGAGGCGCCCAGGAGGCAUCCUUAUCAGAUGCCCGAUCCACUUCAAUUGAUUCCUUUCAAUGCGGAGCAGCAGCGGCUCUACUUUGAGGUCUUCCCGGACAGCUGAGCUACUCACCCUAUCAAGUAGAGUUAACCCUGCCACCCGCUUGUAUUUGGGAUCUCGUUCUUUCGGUCACUACCCAAUAGCCCGUGACGAAAGGUGGGAGUAGGGACGAAGAUCGAAUGAAGGACCAGUGAGAUGGCAGAGCUUCUGUUGAGUGAAGUACCUUUAAAGAAAAGAAAGAUUAAGGCCCAGUCUCCAGACCAGGACAGGUCCUGCAGGCAGGUGCCGGUCAGCCUGUUGAGCUCCGCUGAACUACUGCUGCAGAUCCCCCCAAACAGCAACACCAGCCUGCCCGUGUGGGAGAGUGUAAAUGCUGCUCAGACAGAGGUGCAGUGGAGUGUGACUCCAUAUGGCAUCACCAUCCAGAUCACCCCUCUCACCAAGCAGAGCAAUGACCAGCCUGACACCCAGCCCUCAUCAUUGUCUGAAAGUGAAACCCAACUUUCAACACUCCCUGCAAGCCUGCCUGUUCCCAGCAUUCAGCCGCUCUCCCAGAGUGUACUCAUGACCACACCUUGUAGAGCACCCCAUUCCUACAGAAUUAUCCCCACUCAUCCUCAGCCUCUUCUUUCAUCCCAAAAUCAGUCUCUGGGUUUGACCGCACCCCUGACUACAGCCCAGCUUCAGCCCCUCCCUCGGUACCAGGCCCACUCUCACCCUGCCUCUUCCUAUAAAGACAUCAUUGGCCCCAGUGAGGAUACUUAUGAGGUCACUGACCUGUUGUUCCAGCCAGCACCCAAAGCCAAGUGGGUACAGCAGGCUUGCUUCCAUACUGGUCCCUCUGAGGAAGCCUGCAUCUGUGACCAGUUCCUGCUGGGACACUGCCGGAAUGGGUUUGACUGCCAGUUGCACCACACUCCCUACCCUUUCCAUUGGCAGCUGAGACGCCAAGACACUCACCAGUGGGUCAGCACUUCCCAUUCUGCCCAGGUCAAAUUGGAGAAACUGUACUGUGACAGAAACCGAGACACCGCCAGGCUACAGGACAUGGAAGAUGUGUUCACCCUCCAGUUUGACACCAUGACGGUGGAAAACUCUGAGAAGUAUGAUAAAGCCAGGAGACUCUCCAACAGCAGCAAUCCAGAAAGGAACCACCAUUUCCCUACAGUGUGGAACAAUUAUUGGUGGAAUGAAUACAAUUGGGAACAGUACAGAAAUGAAGUGUCCAUGUUGCUGCUGGAAAUGAAGGAGACAGGGAAGAGCAGCUGUCGGUUCCACAUUGGAAAGCAAGAGUACGAAGUUGACUUCAGCAGUCUGACCCAGAGGAACCUCACCACCGGGUUCACACGCAGAGUACGACGGAGGCCCACCUUCCGCUCGCCCUUCUCCCUCAAACGACACCUGAAGACAGUUGUCCUAUGCGAAGCCUCCAAAAAUUUUGGACAGGUUCUUCCCAGCCUCAGUGUGGACCCUCUGCAGGAGUUUAGCAGCUGGUAUCCUCCUGUGUGGACUCUGAGCCCAGACCAGGGCUUUAGCCUGGUGGAGGUGCCACCCAGUGCCAGAGCCUACCAAAGCAUCCACUGCCUGUUCUACAGCACCAUGUCUGAGACCGAACUGGAGAUUGUCAGCAUACAGCAGGUCCAGAACGUUUUCCAGUGGGACAAGUAUAGGAGGCAGAAGGAGCACAUGAAAAGCUGCAGCACCAUCAAGAGAGGGUCCCUGGAGCGACAUCUGUUCCAUGGGACCACUGAGGAUUCCACCAAGGAGAUCUGUUUGAACAACUUUGACCCACGAGUGUCGGGGAAGAACGGGGUGGUAUAUGGCCGGGGCAGCUACUUUGCCCGAGAUGCCAGUUACUCCGACACAUAUGCACGUGCAUCAGGUGAAGAGAACUGCCAGCACAUGUUCCUUGCCAAGGUGCUGGUGGGUAAGAUGACCAUUGGGAAGACUAAGUUCUGCCGCCCACCCCGUCUCAGCCCCAGGAAAUCAGGAUAUGAACUGUAUGACACCUGUGUGGACCGGAAGAAAAAUCCUUCCAUCUUUGUGGUGUUUGACAGCUGCCAUUGUUACCCAUAUUACCUCAUCAAGUACAAAGCCGUUUCUGACACUGUCAAAAUCUUUGAGACUAAUAAAAUGGCAGAACUCCUGCCCAGUGAAGUACCACUAAAGAAGCGGAAGAUUGAGGCUCAGUCUCCAGACCAGGAGAGCUCCUGCAGGCAGGUGCCGGUCAGACUGUUGAGCUCCACUGAACUACUUCUGCAGAUCCCCCCAAACACCAACACCAGCCUGCCCGUGUGGGAGUGUGUAAAUGCCCCUCAGGCAGGGGUGCAGUGGAGUGAGACUCCGUACAGCAUCACCGUCCAGAUUACCCCUCUCACCACCCAGAAAGCCCGGAGCAAUGACCAGCCUGUAAACCAGCCUCAGCCACCCUGCCAGUUUAAACAUGUCCCACUACCAGUUCACUUACUGCCGACCCUCUCCGGUCUAGACCACAACGGUGAUACUGAUUGUCCCUCUGUGUUUUUCAAGCUAGCAGCCAAAACCUUUUACACCAAGCCAUCCAAAUACAUCCACAUCUGCGAUGACUUCCUUACUGGCUGCUGCCCACACAAGCUCAGCUGCGAGCGGCACCACACGCCUCUGCCUUUCCACUGGCAGCUGAGGCACUGGAACACGCAGCAGUGGGUCAACAUCUCUCUGUCUGCUCAGGUCAAACUGGAGAAGCUGUACUGUGAUCCAGACCAAGAAACCAUCAGGCUGCAGGACAUAUUUCCCGUCAGGACAGAAGCGUUUACGCUUCACUUGGAGACCAAGAAAGUGACCUCAGCGAAAUAUGAUAAAGCCAGGCGACUGUCCAGCAGCCGUGAUCCAGAAAUGAGCCCUCACUUCCCCACAGAGUGGAGCAUCUAUUGGUGGAAUGAUGGCAAGUGGGAAAAGUAUGAAAAAGAAGUGUCCAAGGAGCUUGUGGGAGCAAUAGAAGCAGGGGAGACAAGCCGUGGGUUCUACAUUGGGAAGCAGCUGUACGAAGUGGACUUCAGCAGGAUGACCCAGAUGAACGUCACCACCAAGUUUGAACGCAGAAUUCGAUGGAGACCUCAUUUUCGCUCGCCCUUCUCUAUCAAAUCAAACUUGAAGACAGUUUCGCUAGGAGAACCCCCCCGGCCUUUUGGGCAGGUUCUCCCCAGGCUCAGUGUGGAUCCUCUGCAGGAGUUCAGCAGCUGGUAUCCUCCUGUGUGGAAUCUGAGCCCAAACCAGGGCUUUAGCCUGGUGGAGGUGCCACCCAGUGCCAAAGCCUACCAAAGCAUCCACUGCCUGUUCUACAGCACCAUGAAUGAGACCAAGACAGAGAUCAUCAGCAUACAGCAGGUCCAGAACAUCUUUCAUUGGGACAGGUAUAGGAGGCAGAAGGAGCACAUGCAGAUUCACAGCACAGCACACAGCUGGUCUCUGGAGCAACAUCUGUUCCAUGGGACCACUGAGGAUUGCGCCAAGGAGAUCUGUUUGAACAACUUUGACCCACGAGUGUCAGGGAAGAACGGGGUGGUAUAUGGCCGGGGCAGCUACUUUGCCCGAGAUGCCAGGUACUCUUUGAAAUAUGCAGCCAAAUCAGGUGGGGGUAACCAGCACAUGUUUCUUGCCAAGGUGCUGGUGGGUAAUGUGACUCUUGGGAACGCUACAUACUCCCGCCCACCCCGGCUCAACCCCUUGACACCAGGAUAUGAGCUAUAUGACACUUGCGUUGACAAGAUUUCCGACCCCUCCAUCUUUGUGGUAUUUGACAACUGCCAGUGUUAUCCCUAUUACCUGAUCAAGUACAAAGCAGUGUCUGACCUCGUCAACAUCUGUGAAUGAAGUGCAAGGACUUCAAUAUAUACUCCUAUAAUACUAUACUAUAAUACUCCAAUAUGCUAAUGCUCAUAUAUUUCUAUUGCCUAUUAUUUUAUUUAAUUCCGAGGACAAGUUGUUGCUUUGAUACUGCCAUGAGCGAGCUGUGGAAUUAACUCAUUACGAUUUGAAAUACUUAAAAAAAGUUAUGCAUACCUCAAUGGAUUCCACUUGUGUGAACGCUAACUACUUUCCAGCGAUGAUAUAGCUAGACGGCGUAAGUGAAACGAAACCACAAUUUCAUCUACAUUAACAAAAAAUUACAUUAUUUUUGGGCUGCUGAGUGGCUCAUUCUGUUAGUUUCUGUUUGUGCAUGGGUAUAGAAUUCCAGAGUCUGUGGCCUACAAAGUAGGUGACUGCUUAGUACUCACAGCAUUGUCUGCAUAAACUCUGCUGACAUAUUGCAUAAUGUGGGAAAUACCGAACAUUCAGUCUAGACCAAACCACAAAAACCCAGUCCUUAUUAUUGAAACAUCUUUCAAUUGCCAUUGACUUAAAAUUAUAUUUACAAAUAUUCUUAAUGGAUCAUAACAGACAUUUGGACAACGAAUAAUUGUUAUUAUUGUUAUUUUAAAUAUAAUCAAUACAAAUGCAUGCACAUUUUGCUAUCUGUUUUGUUUUUGUUGUUGAAACAAAUGGUAUCUACAAUAUAACUAAUUGUCCUGUUGUAGUAUCCUACUCCAUGUAUGUAUGUAUGUAUGGAGGACUGUGUAAUGUCACUAUUCACAUGAAUUUCUAUGAAUUGUUUAUGAGAAAUAACCGCAUUAAAAUGUACUUAUAAAAUGCCCAGAAAGAGAGGAAAAUAUUAAAGUGUAAAAACCAAAGGUUGAGAGAGCAAGGAAUAUAGCCUGAAUAAUACAAAUCUGUAUUGCCAGGAUUGUGGGUCUCUUUUCAGCGGUUGUGGCCACCCAUGCUGUGAUUUAUUCUGGUUGCCAUACUUAACCCAAUAAAUCUGUUAAAGUUGA